AGCGGCUAUUGGUGAUGUGGUUAAAAGAAUAAUUAUUGUAUUAUUAGAAAUAAAAACAAAUUUUUAUUCAUUUGAUCAACUAAAUAUACAUUUAGCCUUUAAUAAGCUGAAAUUAAGAUAGUGAAAAUGUAUAACAAUCCAAAUGCAGGCAUGAGGAAUCCUUCCGGUCCUGGUCGUAAAAUCCAGCGUGUUAGUGAUAUCAAUGCCAUGGGUCCAGCUGCUCCCAUGCCCAAUGCUUCACCCUAUAUUCCGGCCACAGCUGGACCCACAGUAUUGGAUCCUAUGAUGCAGUCUGGUGGCAAUAUGGGAGCUGGAUCGUAUGCCGCCCCUCUGCAGCCAAUGCAGCCACCACAACCGAAUGCAUUCAAUAAUGGUGGUAUGCCGUUGCCAAAUCAAAACUAUGGUUAUGCGUCGCCCUCUCCCCAACCCCAACAACCACCACAAUAUAGUUCUGUACCUGGUGUUCCUCCGGCUGCAGGAGCUCCAUUUGGUUCUCAGCCCCAACAGCCGGGAGUUGCUGGUCAAUUUCCACAGUUUGCCAUGUUCCAACAGCCCAUUGUUCAGGACAUGGCUAUGCAGUAUGGUCAACGAUUAGCCGAUCAAGGCAAACAAAUGGUAGAGAAUCAAUUCACGAAAUGGGUACCAGUGGCCAAAUUGAAGUACUAUUUUGCUGUCGAUAAUAACUAUGUGAUUAAUAAACUUCGUUUGCUGUUCUUCCCAUUUACACAAAAGGACUGGUCUCUUAAAUACGAUCAAGAACAACCCGUACAGCCACGUUACGACAUCAAUGCUCCCGAUUUAUACAUACCCACUAUGGCGUUUAUCACAUAUGUGGUUGUAGCCGGGCUCAUGUUGGGUCUACAAAAUCGUUUCACUCCAGAAAAACUAAGCAUUGAGGCAUCGAGUGCAUUGGCUUCAAGUAUUUUUGAAUUGGUUGUAUACUCGAUAACAUUGUAUGUUGUGAAUAUUAAAACGAAUUUAAAAACUUUGGACUUGUUGGCGUUUUCGGGUUAUAAAUUUGUUACCAUUGUGGCAUGUUUGCUAGUAAGCACACUGUUUCAUGGUUUUGGUUACUAUAUAACUCUAGCAUAUUGCAGUUUAUCCUUGGGCUUCUUUUUGCUACGAACUUUAAAAACAAAAGUUUUACAUGAAUCUUCACCCACUAACCCCAGCGGUGCCAUUAACUAUGAUCCCUAUGGCAAUCCCCAACAAUUGGAUUAUACCGGAGGACGCAAAAGAAAACUAUAUUUCCUUUUCUUGGUCGUAGGCGGACAAGCAUUUUUAUCUUUCUUACUAUCGAAACAUUUAUAUUUCCCCGAUGCCGCCACUUUAGAAGCAAGAAAUUUACAAUUCUAAUUAUAACGCUCAUAUUUUAAAUCAUGUGUUUAGUUUAAAUAUAUAUUCUUGUUUAAUUUUUUGCAAUUCCUUA